CUUCUUCCCAUAUUCCAUCAUUACCUUCCCAUAAGGCAUCUUCACUUCAGACACUUCAUCUUCUUCACUCACAGCAAAGCAACCCCCCAGUGGUCUCUUUGCAGACCUCUGCUGGCUGUUGUUGCUUUUCUCUUCAAGGCUAAAUUUACUACUAGUAGUUGGAGAUGUCUGGUCCCCUUAGCAAGAGCCUCAUAGUAUGUUCAGCUUUGAACAUCACUGAAGAGGGCAUGGUUACCAACAAGCAAGGCAUAGGGUCGAUCCUUGGAUCCGACGCUGAAACACCAGCAGCAGCUUCACUUAGAAGAACUUUGUCAGCCGACAUGUCCUCCAAGAAAUGGCUGAAUCAACAUGGAUUGUCUCCCCUCAAAAAGAUAGCAUCAUCCCAGGAAUUCCCACCUCCUUCCAUCAUCGACUCAUCAUCGGAAGAAGCAGAAGAGGAUUGCGAAGCACCAGGUCAAACCGAUAUCUGGACCUUAAUUCAACAAGAAAAGAACAAGAAGAAGCAACUUGAGAAGCCUGCCCAAUUCGAUAUAUGGAGCUCAAUCAUAUCACAAAAGGCUGAGGAGGAGUCUUCUAAGUCAGUUCCAGUUCCGUAUGUUCACCCUCUUGUCAAAAGAUCCGCCAGCUCUUUAAGCGAGAAAAGCCUUGAAAUCUGCACUGAGAGCCUUGGUUCCGAAACUGGCUCCGAGGGCUUCUCUUCGUACACUCCAUCAGAAACGAGUGACAUGCAAGAAGAGGAUCCUAAAGAGGAAGAUCAACAACUCCAACACCAAGAGCAAGAAAGGGUAGAGGAGCUCAGAAUUGUGAAACAUUAUAACUAUGAUGCUGGCAAGAAAUCAGCACAUCACCACCGAUCAUUUCCUCCCCCAAUUCCUUCACUUUCUCGCAAAGAUGGAGCAUCUCUUCGCAUGAAGACUCUUCGAGAUAACGGUAGAUUGGUUCUUGAAGCUGUUUCCGUGCCUUCACACGACAACUUCGUUGCUCAACGCCAAGAUGGUCGCCUUGUCCUCACUUUUUCAAAUACCGCUCCUGAUGUUGAAGAAGAAAAUGAACAAGGAGAGUUUGAAGGCAUCGGAGAUGAAGAGAAAACUAACACUGAUGAGGGAGUUGAAGAAGAAGGUUGUUGUGAGAUGAAGCAGGCUCCUAAACUGUCGAUUGGAGCAAUGAAUGUGCAUAGGUUAGCUGUUAUGAUGAACAAGCCCAAUUGGUUAGCAAAUAGGAAUCCAACAUGGCCUAAAAAUUUUGAUGACAUAGUUAAAUUUGGAGAGGAAAAGGAGGCCGAUAAAGUUGACCCAACCACCAUCUCACCAUUACCACAAACACCACCACUAGGACAGUCACUGCCACCGCGGCCACCACGGACGGCCGGUAGACUGAUAGCAUCACCGGCGGCGGCUGCUGCAUCAUUCAAUGCUUAUGAGUACUACUGGAGGAGGCCCAAUCAACCAAUGUCGAAGGCAGCAAUCCUUUCCAAGAACCUAAUGGCUUAUAAUAAUGAUCAACAAGAAUUGCUAGUGUUGAUAAGGAACAAAGGUGAUUACUUUGUACCCUUGCUAAAAGGAUGCAAAGAACCCAGGAGAUCGCUUCUCUUUUGGGAGCCUUAUUGCAUUGCCACUUCUUGAUGACCGAAAUAACCCCAAAACACAUAAAAAUCUAUGUCAAAUUUGUGCCUAUAAUAAUUGUUUUACUUGUUUAAACCCUAUCUCCUUUUUUUAUAUAUUUUUUUGUUCUCUCCUAGCUAGGUUUUCCACUUCCACUCUUUGGUGACUUGUGUAUUCAAUAUUCUAGUAAUAAAAAAAAAUAUCAAGAAAAAGGAGAGAAUUCUUUUGGAAGUUUUAACAAA